UACACGAUUCAGUGAAGCUGCCUCACUUACUGGUUUGAUACUGCCAAGUUUUUUCGCUUUCUCAACUCUUCCUUCUAUGGUUAUCUUCCUUGAAACCCUAAUUAUCCUUAUUCCUUCUAUAAUAGACUUGGUUUAGUGAAACCUCUCUGCUACAGUAAGACAGUGUCUUUUGUCGUAGCGAGUUAAUAAUCUUGUUGCUGGUUAUUGCAAGGUUGGUGCUUUGAAUAUCAUCAUGUCAGAGACUGGUGAUUUAUGUCUAGAACUUCCCAAAGAUGAUCCCUUUUAUCACCAUAAAAAGAAGUUCUUGAGUUGCAAAGGUGUAGGCGUAAAGGAAACAUUGAACCUCAGUGGAUCAUUAUCUCAACAGCUUUUGAAUGCUGCAUUGGAAAAGUUGCUUCAGUUUGGACGAAUAGUUAACCUCGAUAAGGUGGAAGUUUACUUUGGUGAGGAUGCUUGUACUUCAGCAGGAAUUUACAGUGUUAGAAAUGAAAUCUCAGCUCUCAGCUGGAUCCUUUCGCUCAUACCGGUUUCUUGUGAAAUGCAAACACAAGUCGAUACCUUCGAAGCUCUACGAGCUGCUGUAAAAAGUAGAAUCAGUGAGGUUGUUGGAGCGGAAACGGAGAGAGCUAGAGUUUUUGAUAGCUAUAGAUGUGAAAAGGAAAGCAGAUUAGUAGAAUGGGGUCAGGACAAUGGAGUCAAAACCAAAUUGCAGAUAGCUCACAUUGAUGGCUAUGGACGAGGAGCUAUCGCUAGUGAAGACUUGAAAUUUGGCGAUGUUGCUUUAGAGAUUCCUAUCUCAAGUAUCAUUUCUGAGGAGUACGUGUUCAACUCCGACAUGUACCCAAUAUUGGAGAAGAUUGAUGGGAUUACAUCUGAGACAAUGGUGCUAUUAUGGACCAUGAGGGAGAAGCAUAACCUGGACUCGAAAUUCAAACCAUACUUUGACUCUCUUCAGGAGAAUUUUUGUACUGGUAUGAGUUUCGGGGUUAAUGCAAUCAUGGAGCUUGAUGGUACAUUGCUUUUAGAUGAAAUAAUGCAAGCUAAAGAACUUUUGCGUGAGAGGUAUGAUGAAUUGAUUCCUCUUUUAUCGAACCACCGGCAUGUAUUUCCACCGGAGCACUAUACAUGGGAACAUUACUUAUGGGCUUGCGAGUUGUAUUACUCAAAUAGCAUGCAAAUCAAAUUCCCUGAUGGAAAGCUGAAGACUUGCUUGAUUCCUGUCGCCGGUUUUCUCAACCAUUCGAUAUACCCACACAUAGUGAAAUAUGGAAAAGUAUGCGUUGAGACGAGUUCCUUGAAGUUCCCAGUCUCAAGGCCUUGCAACAAAGGGGAACAAUGUUUUCUUAGCUACGGAAACUACUCUAGUUCGCAUCUGUUAACAUUUUACGGAUUUCUACCAAAAGGCGAUAAUCCGUAUGAUGUCAUUCCCUUAGAUUUUGAUGUCAUUGAUGAUGAAGACACUGAGACUGAGUUUUCUUGGACAACUCACAUGGUACGCGGGACUUGGCUAUCGAGCAAUCACGACAUCUUCCACUACGGCUUGCCUACUCCAUUGUUGAACUACUUGCGCAAAGCUCAUGGACUUGAUCAUCAUUCCGAAACAGAUCUAUGGAAGAACUUGGAAGUUGAGAUGGGAGUACUCGAGAAUCUCCAAUCCACAUUCGAUGACAUGAUGCAAAAUCUUGGCGAUGCGGAUUCUAUCGACAGAGAAAACGCGGAUUGGGAUGUUAAAAUAGCGAUGGAGUUCAAAGAACAGCAGAGAAAGAUUGUGUCUUCCAUUCUUGAUUCAUGUUCUGCAGGUGAGCGUUUGAGCCGUUGGGUCUCGGCUGGAUGCUUCAUGAUGGGUGUGUCGAUCAUUUUCUUUUGAGUGUCAACUUCUUACUUACAGAACCGGUUCGUCUAGAUUUUUACUUGUUUGAGAUGCUCAUUUUUCUGUAUGCAAAAAGAUUCCAAGGGGUUGUUGAUGAAACCGAAAGAGUAGAAUAUUAUCCUCGUUGGAUUAUGGAUAUGAUCUUGUAUUUGGAACAAUUGUGUCUGUUAUUUUAAUG